AUGAAUAGUGAUCUUAAUCUAUAUGUCAGUUGUUAUGUAGUUCCAGUGAUAUGUUCACCCCUUACCCAUCAACCAGUCCAGUUUGCCUCAAGUCACUACUCCCAUUUAAGAAAUCUCUACCUUGCAGAUUCAGGAAGCAAUGGCCAAGAGCCUUCUGAUAUUGAUAUGUUGAUAAGAGCAGAUUUCUUUUGGCAUAUUGUCUCGGGCAAGGUCAUACGGGGGGAGCACGGCCCUAUCGCGAUGGAAACCAAGUUAGGAUACGUCCUUUCUGGCCCUGUAACAACUCCCCACACAAGCGAUGACAUUGUCGCCAACUUUCUCACCACCCACCUUCUACGAGUUGACACAACCGAGCCUGAGGAUUCAUUGAAUGUGGACUUGCACAGUCAGUUGAAGAAAUUCUGGGAAUUAGAAGCGAUCGGUGUUAACCCUAACAAGAACCCAGUAUAUGAGCAAUUUAAGGAGACAAUCGAGUUCAAGGACGGUCGCUAUGAAGUAUGUUUACCGUGGCGAGAAAGUCAUCAUCCCGUCUUACCCGACAAUUUUGAAUUGAGUGAACGAUGCCUUGCAUCCCAAGUGAAACGGUUGAGAAAGGACCCCGAGCUACUCCAAGAGUACGACGAGCUAAUCAAGAAACAGACCGAGACAGGAAUAGUUGAAAAGGUUUCCGAAAGAGCCAGUUGCACGCCUGGAAAGGUGCAUUACUUGCCCCAUCAUCCGGUGAUUCGCAGAGACAAGCAAACGACCAAGGUCCGCGUUGUGUACAACGCCAGUGCGAAAACCACCAAAACCUCUCUGAACUCAUGUUUGAAUGCGGGGCCUUCUCUUUUGCCAAAGAUAGUCGAUGUUUUGAUUCGUUUUCGUUUCCACAAGAUUGGGUUGAUAGCGGAUGUAGAAAAAGCGUUCCAUCAAAUUUCCAUGUCCACGGAGGACAGAGAUGCCUUGCGCUUUCUCUGGAUAGAUAACAUUGCAAGUGAAAAUCCUCAUGCAAGUGAGUAUUAACUUAUCGAUUUGCAAGAGUAGUCUUCAGUGUGACUAGCAGCCCGUUUCUGUUAAAUGCCACCAUAGCUCAUCACAUCAAUAGUUACGUGAAUGAUCCUGACUUCAUCACUGCCUUCCUGUCUUCCUUGUACGUGUACGAUUUUAGUGGUGGAGCCGGUACAAUACCGACAGCGUACGAGUUAUAUCUGAAGAGUCGACAGCGCAUGUCAGAAGGGGGAUUUAGUCUCCGGAAGUGGGCAACCAACGAUCCAACUUUGCGAGAGGAGAUCGCAAGCCACGAGGUCGAUAACUUUGUAACUGAGAGAACGUCCGAGAAGCCAAUCGCUGAAGACAACCAAACUUAUGCCGCAUCAUCAUUGGGUACGAAUGUAACGGACAGUUGUGAAAAUAUUCGUAAG